AUGGACGGGUUUGUAGACAAGGAAUUUCUGUCUCAAUUCAAGGAUAAUCCAAAGAAGGCGGUCAAAAGGUUGAUAGAUUCUGGACGUCUGGAGAGAGAUCCAGAGACGAUUUCGAAUCUAUUGCUCUAUACCGACGGACUGGACGAUACAGCAGUAGGAGAUUACAUCGGAGAUGGUGACGAGCUCUGCGGGAAAGUACUUCACCACUACGUCGGAACUUUCAACUUCACAGGGCUCGGCUUCGACGAUGCCCUCCGAAAGUUCCUCUCCGCUUUCCGUCUGCCAGGAGAAGCGCAGAAGAUUGAGAGAAUCAUGGACGCGUUUGCUGCUCAGUUCCAUAGGAACAACCCUCGUGCUUUCCGCCAUCCUGACACUGCGUUCAAGCUAGCAUACUCGGUCAUCAUGCUUAACACAGAUGCGCACAACCCGGCGAUCAAGCAGAGCAGGAAGAUGACGAAGGAGCAGUUUGUGAGGAACAACAGGGGGUUGGACGAUGGGCAUGACCUCCCCCAGGAGUUUCUUGAGAUCAUUCACGAUCGAUCGUCGUCUUGA